CUUUUUUCUCUGUUCUUGACAUUACAUUUCUCGGCUUCCUGCUGUUAGACAUUCUCAUGUUACUGUGAGAGGUUUUUUGAGAAGUCCAAGGCUUGGCCCAUCUGCCUUGAAGUCUUUUCAGGCGGAUUCCACCUGAGAAACGUACUGCUGGAUAGUGCUUGCUGGAUACCAUGGGGAGAUAGCUUUUUCCCCCCUGAAAGUAUGUUUCAAAGGCAGUGGACACAGUCUGAAUCUAUGAAAUAACCUGAAAUUGUCAUCAUUUUUCCCUCCUUUUUAAAAAUUCUGUGCCAGAAGAAGUGAGUUCAGAAGGAGACUUGCUGCCAUUUUCAGUAUGAAAUAAAUGGGUAGGAGGUAAUUUUCUGUGUGGUCUUUAGGGUGCCUGCCACAAUCAUGGAUGCUCUGUAAACCCAACUUGAUGAUUUUGCGUAGGGUUAAAUCCAUAUUACUUCCUCUAGAAGUUAAGAGUAUGCGCCUUCAGAAGGAAUUUGAUACCCCAUGUGUUGGUAAUCUACAAGAAGAUGCCUCCAGGCAUGCUUAGAGUUUGUGAAGAUACUGUUGGGUAAGGUGCGCUGAGAAGUUACCCUGGAAGGAGUGAAGCUGCUACUGCCUGCACCUCUGACCUAAGUCUUUUGACCUCGUCCUUUCGGCUGAGGACUGUGAAGUCUUUUGAUCUGACUGGUUCAGGUUAGGUCACUGGUGCAGUUAACUCGAAUAAGCUGCUUGGUUUGCUUGGCAAGUUCUGUGUUGUUUGAGGAUAGGUAAACAGACGGGUCCUCUGGCUGGAUUUGGCUUUAGGAUUCACUCAGGCUGGUGGUCCUCAAACGGAUGGGCUUCAGAAUCAUCCGGGAAACUUGGCUGACAUAACGUGUUUCUGAAGUCCAUCUCCAGAAAUUCUGAGUUGGAAGAUUGAAAAUCUUACUGUGUACCUCAGGUGACCCGGGUUUGAUGCAGCCCUCAGACUUGCACUUUGGCCUUACGUAUGUGCCUGCAAGUUCAAGUCUAAGUCUGACAGGGGGGAACAUCAGGUUUGAGUCCUUGCAGGCCCCUCUUAGCUUUGUGACUUCUGAGUUAAUGGAUCUCUCUUGUUCUGACCUGCAAAAUGGGGAUGAUGAUAGGUUGGCCGAAAUGCCUCCCUCACCGGCCUCUUGUGGGGAUCAGAAUGAGCUGACAGAAAAAGCAGCCCCAACCUAAGAAAGCCCUACAUAGGUUCUUCAGCUCCAGCUCACAUUCUCUAGAAUUUUUAGAUGAGAAAAGCUUGGAGAGGGUUUUUGUAUCCUGAAAAUCCAGGAGGGCAUUGCUUAAGAUAGGCUUGGAAUACUUUGUAAAAUAAGUAACAAGUUCUUUUACUGUUUCUUGUUCAGCUUGGUGGUGGUAUUGAGGAGUCCAGCUCCUUUAGGUUUUCAGACAGUGAUUUUGAUCCUGUUUUCCCCAAGUGACAGUGAAGUCUAAACACACAUUUCACUAUUUUCUUUUAAAUAAAGAUUCGGUGAUUCAGUCAUUCAGAUUCAUGGAUUUAAAAAACUUGUAUUUUCUUCAAGGUGUACUCUCUAGAAUGUAAUGUGGUUUGGGAAAGGAAGCAGUUCUCUUCUGCUAUAAUCAGAGUGACUCUAGAGAAGUUUUUCUGUAAGAAUUUUAUAAGGUUUGGUAUGAGGAGCUCCUUUUGUGAUGUUGACCCCAGUUCACCACAGUCCACAAACAAAACCUAGGCUUUAAGCCUGAUGAACCUAAUCAGAUUAGCUUGCUAGGUAGCGUGUGGGUGACCCAAAUCUGACCAGUGUCAGCAGAGAGAGUGGAAGUUGAACCACAUUGAAGCCGAGCCUGUGGUCAGUGUUGACUUAGAAGUAGGACUGUGUCAUACUUUCGAAUUCACACAUUGCAGUUAUAAAAUUUUAAGAUCAGAUGAGUUCAUAUUUAGUUCUGAUACUUGAUUUUUUCUUACUGUUUUAACAUUUGAGGAUAUAACCGAGUACAGGGUCUUUUGUCUGAAAGAAAGUCCAUGGAGGGAUUCUGUACUUAACACAUGCAGCGCUUGUCUGUGGUUAGAACCAUUAACCCAGAUGACUUCAGCCGGAUUGUUAUGCAGUUACAACUGUUGUAGGUCUGUUUCCCUUUUGGCCGAAUCUGAAUUGGAAAGAAAUGUUAUCUUAGUCCUUGGAACACAGAGGCGCUCAGUUGAGGUGGUUAGGGUAGUUUCGUUAAACUGGUUAUGUAGAUAAGCAGGUCUACCCUUAGAGUUGGCUUUUGUAGGCCCCUUAAUCCAAGACCUUUAAGUCAGGACCAUAAAAAUUAAAAUCUAAAUAACCUGUAUUUAUACUGGAGGCUUUGAGGUACUGAAAUGUAAAAUGAAAAUAGCCUGCACAGACCAGUUUCUGCAGGUAGGGAGAGGCAAAUCUUUGUCCUGUGACUGUUUGUAAGCAAACCAGGUUAGCUGCCAAAGCUUAGAACUUUGUAGAUGGUAUCGAGAGAGAUUUAGUAUUGCAAAGUGAUGUCACUGGUUUGCAGUUCUGUCUGAUGUCUGUCUUUAAAAAAAAAAAAAAAAAAAAUCCUCCUUUUUCCUGGUUUAUUUUGAAUGUUUUUCCCAGUCUGCAGGAAUUGUUGGUGGGGAUAGGCUGGAUGCAGGUAUGAGGAACGAGGAGGAAGAAGAAUUUAUUACAUUUACUGAUGUCUUUAACUUUCAGUUCUGGUUGUAGAAUGAGAUUUGGGAAGUUGGUAGGUGUGAUUCAGCCCAUCUGCGUAAGUUCUAACAGAGCUGGAUGGUUCUUACUAGUUUCCAGUGGGGGCAGAGGUGAGUUUCUAAGAUGCAGCCUUAAUGGAUGAUUCACAAAUUGCAGGGUAGACUAUUAAAGUUAAGUCCAAGGUCAAGCAUACAAGUGGGUAGACUGAAUAUAUAAAGGGAGUGUGUGGCUAGAGUCCUUCUCUGACCUUUACCAAAAUGAAUGAGGGAGUCAGUGCUUUGGCCAGGAGGCCAGGGACCAGGAGCUGAGAGACCACAGCCCUUCUCCAGGGCCCUGCAUCCCGGGUCUGCAGAGCAGAGCUUUCCACUGGCUCAGUGAGGAGUGGAGCAAGGAUGGUUUCCCCAAGAUCUCUUCUGGGCCAGGAGAGAGUUAACUUAGGUCUGUAAAAAGCUGAUAGGGUACUGGAGCAGAAAAGAAUGGAAGAAUGCCUAAGUUCCGGCAGAUAUUGCCCCUGAAGUCCAGUUUUCAUCAGGAGAAGUAUAGGAUUUUUUCAGACAAAAGCACAAUGUUUCUCAGCAUCAGCUACCUACAUUUUGCAUGUGAAAUUAUUUUUUUUAAAUACGAAAUUUAUUGUCAAAUUGGUUUCCAUACAACACCCAGUGCUCAUCCCAACAGGUGCCCUCCUCAAUACCCAUCACCCACCCACCCCUCCCUCCCAUCCCGCAUCAACCCUCAGAUUGUUCUCAGUUUUCAAGAGUCUCUUAUGGUUUGGCUCCCUCCCUCCGUUUCUCUCUUUUUUUUUUCCCCCUUCUCCUUCCCCGUGGCCUUCUGUUAAGUUUCUCAGGAUCCACAUAAGAAUGAAAACAUACGGUAUCUGUCUUUCUCUGUAUGACUUAUUUCACUUAGCAUAAUACUUUCCAGUUCCAUUCACGUUGCUACAAAAGGCCAUAUUUCAUUCUUUCUCAUUGCCACAUAGUAUUCCAUUGUGUAUAUAAACCACAAUUUCUUUAUCCAUUCAUCAGUUGAUGGACAUUUAGGCUCUUUCCAUAAUUUGGCUAUUGUUGAGAGUGCUGCUAUAAAGAUUGGGGUACAAGUGCCCCUAUGCAUCAGUACUCCUGUAUCCCUUGGGUAAGUUCCUAGCAGUGCUAUUGCUGGGACAUAGGGUAGAUCUAUUUUUAAUUUUUUGAGGAACCUCCACACUGUUUUCCAGAGUGGCUGCACCAAUUUGCAUUCCCACCGACAGUGCAAGAGGGUUCCCGUUUCUCCACAUCCUCUCCAGCAUCUGUAGUCUCCUGAUUUGUUCAUUUUGGCCACUCUGACUGGCGUGAGGUGGUAUCUGAGUGUGGUUUUGAUUUGUAUUUCCCUGAUGAGGAGCGACGUUGAGCAUCUUUUCAUGUGCCUGUUGACCAUCUGGAUGUCUUCAGCAUGUGAAAUCUUGAAAAAAAUCUCACUGACAAUGAAAUUGUAAAGUGUACAACUUCUGUGUUUUAAUGCAAGUUUUGACUCUAAAAGAAGGAGCUUUGACAGAAGUAAUAAGUGGUUCAACAACACGUGUUUGACUGCAAGCUGCAGGAAGAGCUUUGCCAGUAAUACAGCAGGUCCCUCCUUGUCCUCAGAGGAUGCAUUUCCAAGACCCCAGGGGCUGCCUGAAACCGUGGCUAGUACUGGUCCCCAUGUAUACUAUGUUUUUUUCCUGUACAGAUAUACUUAUGAUGGAAUAAUUUACAAACUAGGCACAGUAAGAGAUUAGCAACAACUAGUAAUAGAACAGUUGGAAAAGUAUGCUGUAAUAAAAGUUAAAGGUACGUGGUCUCAGAGUAUCUUUGUGUACCGUACUUACCCAUCUGGUGACGAUGUGAGAUGAUGAACUGCCCACGUGGUGAAAUGAAGUCAGGGGGACGACGCAGGGGCUGUGACGUAGCAUUAGGCUACUAUUGACCUUCUGAGGGUAUGUCAGGAGGAGGACGCAGUUGACUGUGGGUGGCGGGGGCUGCAGAGAGGGAACCGUGGAUGAAGGGGGACUGCUGUGUGCCUGUCCCUGAAUCGCCCUGUGUAGUACAAGAAUCUAAACAGCCCACACCCAGGACCUGCCAUGGCUCAUCCUAGUGGGCAUGAGUUGCCUUCAGGUUCCUUUCCUCUGUCGCUGUCUUGGCAGUUGUUUUAUCGUGUUCGUAUUUGCAUUUCUUGCAUUGGGGCCCGUUGAUAGAUUUUGAAGUAGUUCUAGUGGUUUUAAGGUCUGUCACACCUCAUGGUCGUUUGGAUUUUAACAUUCUAAAGGUUUCUAACCCAAUAUCCGCCUUUUUUUUUUUUUUUUGUAUUUUAUGUUUUUCUACAAAAUGAUGUGAGAGUUAAAACGUAUGAUUAUAUAUGAGUGCUGUUUUUAGUUUGAAAUUUAAAUCCUGCAUGGUUGAAUGGAAUAAACUGUGUUUUUUACAGGUAACUCUAGGCUAUCCCAGCUUGCUUCUGUGUGCACCUCCCUCCCUAUUAAUUUUAAAGGCUGAGAGAAGAAAUAAUGUCGAAUGAAAUAAAAAUAAUUAAAACAAUUUUCCUAAGAAUUUCUAAUUCUGUGACUUAAUAUUCUCUCUCCCCCCCCCCCCCCCAGUCUUUAAGGAGUGUUUUUCUUUUUUGGGGGAGGAGGUGGGUAAGUAGUUACUGAACCACAUUGAGAAUCUGCCUUUUUUCUUGCAUCAUGGUACUUUGAAGUCUCUGGCAUUUGAACCUGAGUUUGGCACUGGUGUGGAGAGGAAGAGCAUGGUUUUAAAUGUCAUGCGAGUGGGUACAGUUGUUGACCUCAACUAAGGUGUGAUCUUGAACUUGAUACUAAUCUUCAGGGUCCCCUCCAGUUCCAGCAGUCACUGACUUCCCUCUCAUUUAUGCACGUUCGAAAAGGAAAAGCCUCUCUCCUUGGAUAUCAGGUUGUAUCUGAAAAUUGUUGACAAAUUAUAUAAAGCAGAGAAGAAAACAAGUUUUUGUUUGUUUUAAAGUCUGUCGAGGAAUAAUUGACACACAUAAUUAGGACACAGGUUUUGAUGUCUAGAAGCUCUACAGUGGUAGAGCCGGAAGGACGGUGUUGACACCGCUACUCAGUGGAGCAGAGGUACCACCCCUGCAGUGGGUUCUUGCGUCCGUCACCCCAGCCCUGGUGACCUGGGAGUUGCUCCUUCCGGCAGCACCCUGGCAUCUCUGCUGUAGGGAACCACUGUCUCCUUCGGAUUGGCGGGGGAUGCCCGAGCUAGUCUCAGGUAGCUUUUUCCAGAAUUCGUUUUUGUGCAGAGAUUGAUCUAGAAGAUUUUACUUCUAAACAUCUUCCUUCCCAUUUCUGUUUUUGGUUUUUUGGGUUUUGCUUUGUUUUGUUUGGUCUUUUGUUUAACCUGAGUUACUGAUGAUCAUAUUUUUACUCUUUUUAGGUAGAAGUUUUCUGAACUUUCUUUACCUAAAAAGAGAAAUUCAUCUUAAUAUUUCUCCAUUUUUCUCCUGUUUCUUCCCAGGGAAGGAGAAAUAUAUUUAUUAUGACAGAAUUUAGCAUAUUUUAGUCCCAUAUGGAAACAUUGGUAAGUGCAGGAGCUGCUGUGAGUAGAAAUGGGACAUUGGACUGAAAAAUGAAAAUUCCCCCCAAAAUGAGUGGGAAGCAGUUAAAUGUGGGGGCAUUAGCCAUGUUUUCUUUUUUUUUUCUUCAAUAAAUCCUUUUAGUUUAUUAAUAUCUAGUUCAAUAAAACUCUGAUUUUAAAGACCUCGUGCACCUUUUAUGACCUUUCCUUGAACCACUUUACUUUUGAUGUUCUCCGUUGUGACAAAAUUGUGUUUCCAUUAUUGAUGAAAUGGGAGCAGACUUUUUGUCUGUUGGUGUUAUCUUCGUGGUGUAGGUCUCGGGAGAAGGUCUUGUUUGGUGGUAAAGUAACAUUUUGGUAACAUCUCGGUAAUGAAAUGCGAUUUAGCUGGGUAUCUUUAAACCUGGAAUCCAUGUCCCUGAGUGGGAUCUUCCCACGAGAUCUACCUUUGGCCGAGUCACCCUGUUGUGUUGUGCCCUGGACCAAGAUUGAACACUGCUGCAUCUAGUCCAGGCCUCUCUCAGGCUGACUGAAGGACCCCCAUCCACAAUGCCCUUGUGGCCUUCCUCUUUCCAAAGCAUUGGAGCUCAUGCAGAGGACAGUGUAGAGAGCUGCUGUGCCUUCCAGUGUCCCAACUGUGGGGGUCAGUUAGCCUUUUGGUUUUGGUGAAUCCUGCUUGAUCAUCAGGCUCCCUGGCGUUUUCCACAGUUUCUGUGACAGGUGGGCACUGUGCUGUGUAUAUGUCCUAUGGGUCAUUUUGUACUCAUACUCGUCCUGGCUGUGUGUGCUGUAGCUCCUGUCAUUGUUGUAAGUUCAACUUUGUCAAUAAAAAGAAUGUCUCACAUUGGAUGACAGAUGGCUGUGUGGUAUGGUUUGUGGGAUGGAGUCUGAUGUUCCAUUUCGUGUUCUGUACAUGGAAUUGUCUCCUCUUCCUGGUUCUUUCGAAACGUGGCCAGCUGACUCUGGUGGAGUCAGGUGGAAGCCCUCGGAGUUCCACGAUGACUUCAUAGAGGAGCUACGUUGGACUCGGGGACAGCUGCCAAGAUGUCUCAGUUGAAAUGGAAGUCGAAAACCAAUAUACCUCUGUCAAAAAUAGCCAGCAAGGUUACCUGGGGAGAACAAAUUGGGUCAGGUGGCUACUCCAUCCUCUCUUCGUUUCCAGGUGUGUGCCGUGCCCCACCCCGCCACUUGCCCUAGAACAGGUAACUGUGAGGGUGUAGUUGUGGGGAUGGCUUUUCCUGAUCAUAGCUGUUCUCUAAUUCCAAAUAGAAAAUUCUCUAUCUCGAUUUUUCUUCCUCCAGUAUUAGAGGACUAGUACUUCUCUCUGCUUCUUAGUCUUACCCUUGACCUUUUCUCUUCGAGGUCUCUUGCCUUCAACCAGUGUUUUUCCCUUGUUUCCGUCCACAGACAUACACAGAACAGUGUGUUUUGGUCAGACACAUACUUUUCUCUUAAUGAAACUUUUAGUAAUUUGAAAUAAUUAAAAAUAUUUAAAUAGUUAGAAGAAUGGUAUCAAGAACUCCCCCUUUGUCCAGACUGUGAACAUUUUGCUUUAUCAUUGUAUAUGUUUGUUGAACAUUUGAGAAUAAAUUACACUGUGCCCCUUAUACUAUACUCAAAUGUGUAGUUCAUAAGAACAAGGACAUUCUCUUUUGUAACCACAGUACAGUAGUCAAAAGCAGGAAACAACAUUAACUUGGUCAUUAUCUAAGAAUAUAGAUAGUGUUCAAAUUUCAAAUGUUCACAUUUCACCAGUGGACCUAUUCAUGGCCCUUAGAACCCCCCCCAGCCCCCCAGCUCUAAAUACUGGAAUUCUCUGCCCAAAGUGCUUUGAAUCUGAUUCUUUGUGGGCCUGUUCCCCAGUGCAUCAACUUUUGAAGGCAGCCCCCUAGGUUUAAGGUAACCGUGGGGCAGUAGUGGUGAGGUGUGGCCUGCAUGUGGGCUGAGGUGUCCGUCCCACAUGCCACCAUGCAGAAGCCCCUUGUCAGGAUAGGUUGGGCAUGGUAGGUGCACAGAGGUCUUGGAGGCUGGCUGUCUCCACACGGCCAAAUUCUGGCACUUAGCUGAGGAGUUAAAGAAUUCUAAUUUUUUUUUUUUUAAUUUAAAUUUUAGUUAACAUACAGGGCAGUUUUGGUUUCAGGAGUAGAAUUCAGUGAUUCAUCACUUACAUACAACACCCCAUGCUCAUCAUCACAACAAAUGCUCUCCUUAGUGCCCGUCAUCCAUCUAGCCCAUCUCCCACCCACCUCCCUCUCAACCCAUAGUUUGUUCUCUAUCAUUAAGAGUCUCUUGUGGUUUGUUUCCCUCUCUUUUCUCCCCCUUCCCAUAUGUUGGUCUGUCUUGUUUCUUUAAUUCCAGAUAUGAAUGUUACCGUACGGUACUUGUCUUUCUCUGAUUGACUUAUUUUACUUAGCAUGAUACAUUCUAGCUCCAUCCAUGUCAUUGCAAAUGGUAAGAUUUCAUUCUUUUUGAUGGCUGAGUAAUAUUCCAUUGUAUGUAUGUAUGUAUAUCUAUAAAUAUAUAUAUACAUACACACACAUCUUUAUUCAUCAGUGAAUGGACAUUUGGGCUCUCUCCAUAGUUUGGUUAUUGUUGAUAAUGCUGCUAUAAACAUUAGGGUGCAUGUAUCUCUUUGAAUCUGUAUUUUUGUAUCCUUUGGGUAAACACCUAAUAGUACAAUUGCUGGAUUGUAGGGUAGUUCUGUUUUUAGUUUCUUGAGGAAGAAUUCUAAAUUUGAACCAGGUUUGCCAGGUUGUUAUGAAGGUAGUACAGUAACUUGAUUUCUAAGCACUUAAAAAGACUUGCUAUGUGGACCUAUAUUUGUUCUUUUGCCCUCGGUCCCAUAACUGUUAAGGGUAGUUGUUUACAAAUGUGUGUAUAUACAUCAACACGUGUUCUUGUAUGUGUAAAUACAUGCCUAUUUGUCAUUCUUUUAUAAAAAGUGGCAUUGUGUGUUCUGUUUUUUGCAUCUUACUUAUUAGUAUCUCAUGGAAAUCCCUGCUGGUUGUCUGCCGAAGGCCAGAUUCAUCCUUGUCAAAGCCAGUGUCUUCUGAGGACCUAAGAGAGAACUCUCAGUCUCAAAAGUCAUGUUUGUUCCAGGCACCCACCCCAGGUGGAUUCCAGAAGAGCGAGGAGGUUCUUAGCUCCCCAGCGUCAUCCAUCACUCUUAGCCAACAUGAGUCUCAACUGUUUACCCAGCUACCCAUGGCCAAGAUGGAGAAGAUGUUUGAGGAGGAUGUUGACUCAACCGGAGCCCUGGGCAUGAAGGCUUUCAUUAAGGCCACGAAGAAGAUUCUGAGCAAUGUGUCGGAUGAGAUGCUGGAGGCGCUGUUUUUGAAGGUGGACACAAACUGUAAUGGCUCCAUCACCUGGCAGAAGUACGUGGAUUACGUGAUGCGUGAGUUCCAGAGAAAGGAGAUGAUGAGGACAAGCCAGUACCGCCUGCGCUUCCACCUCCCCAUGAGGAUCAUCCCCCUGAACCAUGGAUGUGAGAUUGUGAAGGUGCAGAUUUUAAUCCAGCAGUUCAAGAAGAUUGGGCAUCUCCUGACUGUCACCAAGGACGGGAUCUUGCAGAUCUGGUCUGAGACCUUCUCGCUGAUUAACUCCUUUAGGCUUAACCAGAUCCAGCAGCCCCACCACCAGCCGAUGUGGGUCAUCGACAUGGUCUGUCUCCACAACAUGAACCUGAUAGCGAUUGCAUCUACCGACCAGAAGAUAGAGUUCUUUGAUAUCAGCAACCACAACUGUGCCCGGGCCUUCACCUUCACUGAUCUGGACAGUUGUGUCCUGACCAUAGACUACUGGUCUGACUGUCACAGAGGUGUGUUCUGCUAUGGGGACACCAAAGGCAAUGUCAUCGUCUUCACCUCCAGCAAUGUGACCCACGGGCUGUUCAACCCCCGAAUCCUCCCCAGGACCUCCAAAUGGGAUCACUGGACCAACGUUUCCGCACGGAAGCUCCUAAAUGAAAAGUCCCCUUUGUAUAGAAGUUACUGGCUGAAAGCUCUUCAUCCCAACUGGUGCCAGCAGGUCAAGUUCAUCCCCCAGCUGAACAUGGUGGCCUCCUGCUCAGCCAUUGAGAAGUCCUCUCUGGUGCUGACCUUAUUGCCGUCCAAAGGUCUAGAGAGCCCCAAGUUUUCAGUGCUGAACUUAAGAAAAGGGAUUCUUUGCUUUGAUUAUUGCCCAGACAAGAACUUGGUGGUGACUGGCGGCUAUGACCCCCUCAUCCGCCUGUGGAACCCCUUCUUCUCAAAAAGGCCCAUGUGGCUGAUGAAGGGGCAUCAGACCUCCGUGACGCACAUCCUCAUGAACAGCAAGAACAGCAGCAUCCUCUUCAGCAUCUCCAAGGACAAGAAUAUCCGCGUGUGGGACAUGCAAGACUACAUAUGCCUUCAGUCCUUUUGUGGGAAGCUCUUUGCCCUGGGCAACUGCCCCAUCACCAGCGCCUACUUCCACGAGAACAAAGACAGCCUCAUCUGCACCACCUACUCAAUUGGGAUCCUAAAAGGGUACUUGGAGACCAAGGGGCCUGGGAAAGCAGGGCAGAAGACCUCGACUUACAGCACACCCCUGUGUGCCAUCCUCUACAGUAAGAUUUUUAAGCAGGUGGUGAGCGGCUGCCUGAACAGCUUGGUGACAGUGUGGGAGAUCACGACGGGCAGGAGGAUGAUGGAGUUCUGUGUGACUGGGGACCAGCACGUGGAGCUGACCACCAUGUGCCUGGAUGAAUCAGAGCGGCGCCUCCUUACGGGUUUGUGCGACGGCACCAUAAAGAUGUGGAACUAUGCCGUUGGUGAAUGCCUGAUGACCUUCCCCAACCCGGACCAGCUGGAGGUUAGCGGGAUUGUCCACAUGAACAAGGUGUUCUACGUGACAGGAUGGAGUAAGAGAAUCACUUGUUUCACGCUCCACGAGACCAAGCCGAUGCUUCGGUGCCACCACUGGCAGAACUUCCACAAGGAAGAUGUCCUGAGCAUGGCCAAGUACCAGAACCAGUUCCUCGGGACCUCCUCCUACAACGGGGACGUCCUCCUCUGGAACGCCAACCUGUUCAAGCCCAUCCUCAAUUUCAACGCCUCUAAGAGCCCCUUGCCUUUGCUGCCCAAGAAGAUCCAAGAAGUGGACAACUCCCCGGCAGAGGGUUUCAGGUCCAGCAGGACCUAUGCGGAGCCCAAGAAGUGGGCACACAAAGCCCCCACACAGCCCCCGGGCCCCAGGGCCAAGACUGCGGCCAACGCUCACCUACAGCGGAAUGUGAUGUCAGCUCCCCCAGUGAUGAAACGCCCCAGAGACAGGGAGCCAGAGAAGCCCGUGCCCCUGCAGAAACCUCUCAGUGCUGAAAGCCCUAAGCUGUUUAGAAUACCCUAUGGCAGACAGUCAGUUCUCAGAGAUGCUCAAAGGAGAGGAGGGGAGUUCCAGAAGAAGGUUCUGCUGCAAUCCAAUGCAUCGGUGGAGAAGAUCAUCUUCCUGCAGACCAGGCCUCGCCUGCCACACAUAGCCACCCUGCUGAGCAGCUGCGUGGAUGGCCACAUCUAUGCCUGGUCCAUCCAUGGACGCGGAGGUCUGCUCGGGAAGUUCCCUGUGGACUUCGAAGACAAGGGGGAUGUGGUUGUGGGCGCCAUGGCCACUGAUGAAAAAGACUUGAUCCUCGUCACAGGGGAUUGUAAAGGAUACAUCAAGAUCUGGGACAUCAAAGAUUAUUGCACAUUCAGUGACAAGUGUCCACUUCAACCCAAUGGAACAAGCAAGUUCCAGUUCUUAAUUCCUGAACGGGUCCAGAUCAACCUUCCACACUACAUCCCCUUGAAGGAGAAGGAGGUUGUGGCUGGCCAGACCAUUUCCUUGGUUCCUCCCAAGCUUCUGAAUACCUGGAAGGACCAUUUGGACAGUGUGGCAGACAUCCUGUAUGUAGAUGCCUUCCAGCUGGUUAUCAGUGCUGGCCAGGACUGUAAUGUCAAGGCUCGGAAACUCUCCGGUGACACCGUUGGGACGUUCGGCCUGAGCGUCUGGAAAAGGCUGCGGGAUAUUCAGAUGGUUGGUGAUCCUGAACUGAGAAGAAACUCAAAGGAGGAGGAUGACACUGUAGUUGCUGCCCAGAAGGCCUUCCAUUCAGAGCUGCAGGAGGAGCGGGCUCUGGCUGAGGCCCUGGUGUACCAGCGGCAGGAGGAGGUGGCACUCGUGGCUCUCCUGAAUGGGAAGCCAGACACGGAGGCUGAAGCUUGGGCCAACCUGCAGAAGAUAACCCAGACGUCCCCGUGGGCUGGAGAGCGCUCCCAGGAAGACGUCGAGAGCAGCUGGUGCAAGUGGGAGUCCAAGGGCAAGCAGGAGAGCAAAGUUGUGGGAGCCGCGUACAAGCCUAAGGACCGGUCACGGAGUCCUGGACUCUGGUCCACCAACGUGCAGUAUGGCUGGAUGAAGUACCAGAUUUCACCUCAGAUCUACCAAAGCCUGCACUUCAACAACCUGUCACCCACCCACAUGUCUGACCUCGUGUUGCACAACGUCCUGGGGCAGCAGGGCCAGCGCACCCACCCGGUGACCCACAACCGCCAGAAGGACCCGGAUGCUGACAGGGAGACCAUGCCCAACACCACGACCAGCUCGCCCACUGCCUCCCUCUCUCCCAGCGACUCCCUCUCCUGGACAGCCUCAGGCUUCAGGUUCCUGGAGUCUGGCCUGUCCACCUCCCCGUACCUCCAGUCCUCCCCCUCGGUCUUGUCCCAGGCAUCCAGGUACAUCGUGCAGAGGUCGGCCACACCCAUGCCUGUUGCCUCGUCCGUCAAGCAGCUCUCAAGACCCCCGAAUACCACCCUUCUGUCCUCCAUGAAAACUUCCCGCAUCGGGUUCUGAGGUGGCCCACCGUGUCUCCAGUCGUCCAGCACAGUGACCAGGCCCAUGGGGGUCCUGUCUGUCCCUGGCUCACCCCUGCCAGACCCAGAGGAUACAGACCUCCUUCUAUUGACCUCCUUCUUCACUAGAGUCCCGGAGAAGAAAAUAAAUAUUUGCAGAUA